UGCAAAAAACAACAAAUGGUUUUUUCUCUCUAUAGUAGAUUUUGAAUAUCAUUGGUUUGUUUUUGUCACACUAUAAAUAAAUAAACACCAACAACAGAAGGACACACAAUUUGUUUGAUCAACAAUACAGUACAGAACUUUCUAAACAAUUCUCAAUUGUUUCUUGCAAUCUUCAUCCGUUGAUUUUCUUAAGUCAUGUCGAGUACAGCUGGUCAAGUCAUCAAAUGCAAAGCUGCGGUUGCAUGGGAGGCAGGGAAGCCACUGGUGAUGGAGGAAGUGGAGGUGGCGCCACCGCAGGCCGGUGAAGUCCGUCUCAAGAUACUCUUCACCUCUCUUUGUCACACUGAUGUUUACUUCUGGGAAGCUAAGGGUCAAACUCCAUUGUUUCCUCGUAUCUUUGGUCAUGAAGCUGGAGGGAUUGUGGAGAGUGUAGGUGAGGGUGUGACUCAUCUGAAACCAGGGGAUCAUGCCCUGCCUGUAUUCACAGGGGAGUGUGGGGACUGUCCACAUUGUAAGUCAGAGGAAAGCAACAUGUGUGAUCUUCUUAGGAUCAACACUGACAGGGGUGUUAUGAUCAAUGACAAUCAGUCAAGAUUCUCUAUUAAGGGACAGCCCAUUCACCAUUUUGUCGGUACAUCGACAUUCAGUGAAUACACUGUGGUUCAUGCUGGAUGUGUUGCAAAGAUCAACCCUGAUGCACCUCUUGAUAAAGUUUGUAUUCUCAGCUGUGGAAUAUGCACAGGUCUUGGUGCUACCAUCAAUGUUGCUAAACCGAAACCCGGUUCUUCUGUUGCUAUCUUUGGACUUGGAGCUGUUGGCCUUGCUGCUGCUGAAGGAGCAAGGAUAUCUGGUGCAUCAAGAAUCAUUGGAGUCGAUUUAGUUUCCAGCCGUUUCGAAUUAGCUAAGAAGUUUGGGGUAAAUGAGUUUGUGAACCCAAAAGAUCAUGACAAACCUGUACAACAGGUAAUUGCUGAAAUGACAAAUGGAGGUGUAGAUCGUGCUGUUGAAUGUACCGGUAGCAUACAAGCUAUGAUAUCGGCAUUUGAAUGUGUCCAUGAUGGUUGGGGUGUUGCUGUACUUGUUGGAGUGCCAAACAAAGAUGAUGCAUUCAAAACUCAUCCUAUGAAUUUGUUGAAUGAAAGGACUCUUAAGGGUACCUUUUAUGGAAACUACAAACCCCGCACCGAUCUUCCUAAUGUUGUAGAAAAGUACAUGAAAGGGGAGCUGGAACUUGAGAAAUUCAUCACUCACACAAUUCCAUUUUCAGAGAUUAACAAAGCUUUUGAUUACAUGUUGAAAGGAGAGUCCAUCAGAUGUAUCAUCCGAAUGGAGGAGUAAAACUCUAGAACAUUGUUGAAGUAGUCCCUACUAGGGGACUAUGUUCUCAAUCUGGUAGUUAAAAAAUAAAUAAUGAAAUUGAUUCGUUCCAUUUCUGUUUAUUGAAUUUGCGCACUUUGUGAAGUUUGAUUGGAGAGACAGAGACUGUGACAUUUGGUACCUAUAGUAUAUGCAAAUAUAAUGUUUGUUUUGUUAA